AUGGUGGUCACUGUUGUUGUACAUUUAACUGCAAAAAACGAGCAUGUGGAUAAAGUAAAAGCAAAAUUAAUUCAAGCAAGUCGUGUCUAUGUUAAAGAUCAAGGAACCAUCAAUUGGUAUGUUCAUCAGGAUGCAACGGAUCCAACGAAAUUUACCAUUGUUGAACGAUAUGAACAAGGAAAUUAUGCACAAGCCCAUAUCAACCAUCCAUACUUUAAAGAAUUUUGUUCGUAUGUAAACCCGCUUCUUGCUAAACCUUGGGAAAUACAUCAGUUAGUCGAGUUAGAUACAUCAAAAGAAGUCGAAGUUCCACCACAAACCUGGUCGGAUGAAACAAAGAACUAA